AUGCAAGGAUAUUUACAUCAAGACAUAGAGAAUUCUUAUACUGAAAGGGAAAUUGAGACAGCUAAAAAACAGAAGAUAGCUGAAAAUGCGGUCCCUUGGUGGGAUAUAAGGGAUGCCUGGGAAUUUUAUUUAGAGAAGAGCAACAUUUUUAUCUAG